AUGUCCGACGUUCCUUCACAGUACCCGCUCCUAGGUAGUACUCCCAACUAUGACACGAAACUUGCAGACCCAUCCGCCAAACUCGUGGACUCCUGGCUCCAGGAGUCGUACCUGCCAUUUUCUCUAACCAGUGUCUCUGCUGUUCCGAGUAGAGAGUCGCGUAAGCGAUUUCGCGCUGGUUUGGACGCUGAUGGUCCUAGCCCUACCGAUUUGGCUGUUCAGGUUAGAGAACCUGACUCGGGAGAUGAAAUGAUCAUCACCGAUACUGAAAGCGGCGCUGAUGACAUCUCUCACGCGUCCAAGCGCCGUUUAACCGUCACCCUGGGCGAUCUUUUAGGGCGAAACCUGGCCAGAAUUCUGAAUCUUCAACUGGCUCAUCCGCCAUCAAUACCAUCAGCAGUUUCGCUUCCCUCGGCUACUUCAACAUUAGCUGUGCCUAUAGAGAAGGACCAAGUUCACCCUUGCACUCCCUCAGGCAUGGAGGAGUCGCUCACCACCACGCCAGUUUCAGAUAUCGACGAGCAGAAUCCUCAGCAACUUGUCCUUCCUCUGCCCCUGGCAUCUCCCGUUCAAUCGGUCACAGACAAGCCAUCGGUCCACGAGGAAUUAGAAAGACAACUUCUGAAGGUACCUAACACGCAGGCUGAGCUCAUUGACCUUCUUCUUAACUUGAGCAGUUAUGUUCUGGAAGCAAAUAGAAAUAACCUUGUGUUUGGGUUGCUUCAACAUGUUGGAAGACUGCUGCUCCUGUCAUUAUGCGGUAUCAUCCAGGACAGUCUUCGUCGCGAUAUUCUUCUGAGCUUGCCUCUUGAGGUGCUGUUGAAUAUCUUGUCUUACUUGGACGCGAAGAGUGUUUUGGCCGUAUCGCUGGUUUGUCGUCGCUGGCUUCGUCUUGUAAACAACACAACGCUCUGGCGUAACAUGCUCAUACGAGACAAGCUAGUCACUGAUGAACUUCACUUAUAUUACGAGUUGGUCAAUCCAGCAAAAUUAUUUGCAGAAUGGGCUAGUCCUAGCCCUUACUUGAGUGAGCUCAAUGUUGCUCAAAUUCUUUACAAAAAACGAUCUAUUAUCUUGAGACGGUGGAUGGAUCCGAAGUACGAGCCCUCGCGUAUCAGUGUUGCGGGCCAUGGUUCUAACAUUGUCACUUGCCUCCACCAUGAUGAGGAGAAGGUAAUUACUGGUAUCGAGGGUAAACUGAUCAACGUGCAUUCCACGAAAACUGGAGAGUUGCUUCGUGUGUUGAAAGGUCACGACGGAGGUGUUUGGGCUCUCAAAUAUUUCUCCAACACCUUGGUUAGUGGCUCUACUGACAGAGAAGUUCGUGUUUGGAACAUCCGCACUGGUCGUUGCACACAUGUCUUCCGUGGCCACACCUCCACGGUAAGGUGUAUGGAUAUCCUUCAUCCAGCUAAAAUUGGAGUGAACGACAACGGUCUGCCUAUUAUGUAUCCUAAGGAGCCACUUUUGGUGACUGGAUCCAGAGACCAUAACUUGCAUGUGUGGAAACUUCCACUUGAUAACGAAGAUGUUGGAGCAGAUGAAAUCACUGAAACGAAAACUUAUGAUGCCAAAGAUCCUUCAAACCCAUAUAUUGUGGCCAUUUUGACUGGCCACACUCAAUCUGUGAGAUCUGUGACUGGAUACGGAAAUAUCAUUGUCUCAGGCUCAUACGACACCACAGUCCGCGUCUGGGAUUUGUUAGAAGGGGGAAGAUGCAAGCAUGUUCUUGAGGGCCAUAGCGACAAGAUUUACUCGACAGCCCUCAACUUCGAAAAGCGUCGUUGUUACUCGGGAUCGAUGGACCUGUCGAUUAAUGUGUGGGAUUUCGAAAAGGGAAAGCUCCUUUUCUCACUAGAGGGCCAUAACUCGCUUGUUGGACUUUUGGAACUCUCGGAUGGAUACCUCGUUUCUGCUGCUGCAGAUGCUACUUUGCGAGUGUGGGAUCCAGUGACAGGUGAGAAUCACAGCAAGUUGAAGGGCCACAAUAGUGCCAUCACAUGUUUCCAGCACGAUAGUCUUCGGAUUGUGAGUGGUAGUGAACGUAUGCUAAAACUAUGGGACAUAAAAACCGGUCGGUUUGUUAGAGAUCUUCUUACAGACAUCACAGGAGGUAUCUGGCAGGUGAGCUUCGAUCCCGACCGUUGUGUUGCUGCAGUGCAGAAACACAAGAAUGAUGCCGAGGAAACUUACAUCGAGAUUUUGGACUUCAGCACACCAUUGAAUGGACCCUCCAAUUUCAACUCGAAUCUAAGUUUACCCGCACCCAUGGAAAUUUAA